AUGAAUUCUGUGCAAAAGCCUUCCCAAUUCCCACCACUCAUCCCACCGGAGGCCUCUGACCAGGUGGCUCAUUCCAACAAAAAGACAAAACGAAAAAUCACCCAUGAAAUUUUCAAUAGGAAUGAGAAUGAAGGAAACCCUGAUAUGGAGAUUGAUUUGGGAACCCAACAACCAGGUUUGGGGAUGCAAGGAGAUCCAAAUAACCAUGGAAAGGCUGCAACCAUGGUAGACAAAUAUCAAAGAUCUUUUAGAGACAUGUUGAGGGAUACUCAAUUGGAAGCAAUGGCUGCUAAUAACAUUCAGCUGUCUAAUGAUGAAGAUGUUGUUUUGGACGAUGAUGAGCCACUGGAAGACUUUGUGGGAAAUGAUAGGUGCCCUGUCAUUUUACUCACAAAAGAAGAGAAGAAGGCUAUGCGUCGCCCCUGGAGAAAUAUCCUCAUCAUUCGUAUGUUUGAUGGUAGUCUGGGGUACAUCGGAUUAAUGAAGAGAUUAAAAAGAAAAUGGCAAUUGAAGGGAGAAAUGUCUCUUACAGACAUUGGGUGCAAAUACUUCAUUGCUAGGUUCAAUAAUCAAGAGGAUUAUAACUUUGUGUUAACUCAAGGUCCCUGGUUGAUUGAUGAUAAGUAUUUAACCAUUCGUAAAUGGACUCCUAAUUUCAUACCAGAAGAAGCUUCCAUUAAAGUCUUGACAGCUUGGGUCCGGACACUGAACUUGUCUGUUGAAUACUUUGAUAAAGAGUUACUCAAGAAAAUUGGUGCCAAGAUUGGUAAGGUUAUUAGGGUGGAUAAAUCUACUGCAUUAUGCUGA